AUGAAUUCGUAUCAAAAUAUUAAAAAGGAAGAUCAGAAAACGAAAGAAUGUCAAAAGCAGGCCCAGAAGAAGAGUCCCGAGAAAAAUAUGUCGGAAAUCGACGAGCAUAUACUAAAAAGAUUUGAAAUAAAGAAGAGACUAGGCAAAGGAGCUUAUGGUAUAGUUUGGAAAGCAGUUGAUAAGAAGACAAAGGAUGUGGUGGCCAUCAAAAAGAUAUUUGAUGCAUUCCGGAAUCAAACAGAUGCUCAAAGAACUUUUAGAGAAAUUAUAUUUUUGCAGUCAUUUCGCAACCAUCCUAAUAUUGUUAAAUUGCAUAGUAUACACAGGGCAUUGAAUAACCGCGACAUCUACCUCGGCUUCGAGUACAUGGAAACGGAUCUGCACAACGUGAUAAAACGCGGGAACAUCCUCAAGGACAUACACAAGCGCUACAUCAUGUACCAGAUGCUGAAGGCGACCAAGUAUAUCCACUCGGGGAACGUUAUACACAGGGACCAGAAACCGAGCAAUGUCCUCAUAGACAGCGCUUGCAGGGUGAAGCUAGCGGACUUCGGACUAGCGCGGUCGGUGUCCAGCGUGUAUUCAGGUGGUGAGGAGGGUGCAGACCCUUGUCUUACAGACUACGUUGCCACACGAUGGUACAGAGCCCCGGAGAUAUUAAUCGCUAGCAAAAACUAUACAAAAGGCAUCGAUAUGUGGUCACUUGGCUGCAUCCUGGGCGAGAUGCUCACCGGAAGCCCCCUGUUCCCUGGGACGUCAACCGUGAAUCAGAUCGAGAGGAUAAUGGCUGCCCUGCCACGACCAUCUUCAGAAGACAUUACAUCCGUGUGCAGUGGCUACGGAUCGUCCUUGAUCCGCGAGCAAGCCGCUUCAAGUUCGGGUGCGGCUUCUCUAGUUUCUUUACUCUCUUGCGCACCACGAGAUGCUGCAGAUUUGGUCAAUCGCUUGCUAGUGUUCAAUCCUGCGAAGCGACUUAGCGCUGCAAGGGCUUUGGACCAUGAAUACGUUGCCAAGUUCCACCGCGAACGCGAUGAACCAACGCUACCUUCAGACGUCCUCCUGCCUUUGAGAGAUGAUAAGCAGAUGUCGGUAGACGACUACAGGAACAAACUGUACAGCAUUAUGGCCAAGGGAUCAAACGGAAGUAAUGGACCAAUAAGAAAGAGUCUGUCCAGCAAACCCCACGCUCUUCAAUCAACAGUCCACAACAAUACUAAAAGCAGCAAAAGUUUCCACGAGGCCACAGAAAUUACUAGAACAUACAAGUCCAAACAGCUAACCGCGUCCGCAGACCAGAAGGUUAGACCGAAGACCAUGAAAGCACCAGAAAGACAGGAGAGACCGUUGAAAGAAUACCGAUCGGAUCAGGCCAUUCCAAAACCAAUGCGAGCAACUAAACUCUUUGAAAGUCGAAGCCAUGAUUGGGAAAGUUCCCACUGUCACGGGGACUAUUUUCCAACUAGGCAAAGUCCCCCAGAGGGAUUGAUAAGUGGGGGGAAAAAAACGGUGCAAAACAGAAGAAACUCUACAUCGUUUUCCACUAUCACUAUAGGAGGGGACGCUGAAUACAUGGGAAGGACAUUAAAUCAAAGGCACGGGGUGAUAACAGCAAGUGCUUUAAUGGACCUCCGCACAAGUAUACGGUGA